AUGGACCUCCCCCAGAUUGGCGCACACUGUGCGCUAGAGACUUGUAACGUUUGUGACUUUCUCCCUAUUACUUGUAAAUGCCAGAAGAAAUUCUGUCGAGACCAUAUCUUCCCCGACAAUCAUGGGUGUACUGCUGUAGCUGAAGCUCAGACCGCGAGCGCUACUACAGCGAGUGGUCCACCGUUGAAGAGGUGCACAUUGGAAGGGUGCCAGAAACCGAGUCUGUAUGCUUUCACGAACGAUCCUGAGAGGGAGAGCUGUGAAAAGUGCCAUGGUUCCUUCUGUGUCCAGCAUAGGUAUCCUGACACGCAUAAUUGCGCCCCUAUUCAGGAUCCUACACCCGGACCUGAAUCGUCCGCCAGAGCUUUGUUGAAGAAGAACUUUGGUUCUCAGAUGACAGGCGGUGGUACAUCCAAACCAAAGAGCUCAACAAGGAAGAAGAAACCGCCAACUGAUCCUGUGAAGUUGGCGCAAUGGAAGAAGGUUGAGCUGAUGAAGCUUCGACAUCGUGCUGUCCCCGCCGAUCCCAAAGACAAGGGUACCUCGCCACCGGUGGACCAGAGGUUGGCCGUUAGUGUUUUGUAUGAUGGAGAAGAAAAGCCUUUUUGGUUGAGAAAGUCGGUUUCUGGGGGUAAAGCAAUCGAUAUGCUGUCUACUCAGAUGAAGGUCAGGGGCUCUAAUUCCACGCUCACCAAGUUGUAUAAAUUUGACUUGUCGACGGAAGAACGGAGCUUACUUCGUAACGACCUGGAGCUGGAGAAGCAGGUGGACGACGGGGACACUCUGGUGCUUCAGCAAGAUGCUGUUUGAACAGUUGUCCAGAAGCGCCCCGAAACUCAAUAUCUCUGACAAGGCCGGUUGUC